AUGCGACAAACACUUCGGCGAUCUUGUGCUGCAUGUGCGAAGUUGAAACACAGCUGUGAUCUCCGGUUACCGUGUUGCUCAAGAUGUGUCAAACGCAAAGUCCUUUGUGUCUAUGCGAAUGAACCCUCCACGACACCGGUAGCUACCGGGACCAACAUUCCAUCGUCAAUAGCACCCCCGAUUGGAGCUGUGUCAUUAUCGGGGUAUAGAUUUGGAUCCCUUGACCCCUUUGACUCGUAUCCGCCAACGAGACUUCCUCGGGAGCAGAUCCAACGCCUCAUUUAUAGCUGUAGGUCCCAAUUUCAAUCGCCCAUUGCAAGCGGAGUAAAACUUAUUUGUUCAGUCCAUCACAAAAUAGCAUUUCAAUAUUAUCCUCUUGACCUCGAAGCGACCUCAAAUCCAUUCCUCAUCUCAUGGUGGCCACUUGCCCUGGGCGACCCUGCAUUAUUCCAUGUCUCAUUACAGACAGCAUGUCUUGAUGAAGAGCGAGCGGCGCAGAAGGGAUUUCGAAGUUCUGAAAUUCUGAUGGCUGACUCUGUAGCCCUAUUACGGCGUAAGAUUGAGGAUACGUCUCUGGCCGUUCAAGACGGCACCAUGAACUCCGUGAUUACAUUGGCAACAAUAGAGUUUGGCAAAGGAAACCAUGAGAUCAGUCAAAUGCAUAUCGAGGGCGUGAAACGACUUGUCACCUUAAGGGGAGGCAUUAGCUCGGUGAGACAGACUAGUCCACUAACAGCAAGAAUGAUCAGUUGGGUGUCAAUGCUCAUCAUGGGCCACCCGCAAUUUGGGACCCAAGAUGACUUUGGAAUCGGAGAUGGCAUCCCCCCCAUCCCAGAAUGGCAAAUUGAACCCACUUUCAUUUACAACGACUUGGAUGAAAAUCUCGAUAUGGAGGGAAGUAAUGAAGUGAUGAAUGUUUUUGUGCGGCUGCACCAUAUCUUUCAAAGGGCCAACCAGGGUCCGUUCACAAACACACAACUUCACGAUCUCACAUGCUUCGUCGUGCAUCGCCUUCUCCUUUCAACUGCGGGUGCCUCGAUAUCUGAACUACCACCAACCGCCGAGUGCAUCCGAUAUGCCAUAAUUCUCUAUUUGUUCAUUGUCCAAGGGCCAAUUUAUUACCCUCACGAGGUAAUGCUCAAUGCGAUGGUUGCCAAACUCAUAGAGAAUUUGGAGCAACGGAAUCACACAUCGCACGAACCCGCGUCGCUCGACUUCUGGCUCAUUGCAAUUGGGAUGGUGGCUUCAACAGGAACAUCAAAAUAUGAGUGGUUCUCGAAGAAGGCGACCACAACCGCCGGUUCUCUACAUAUUGAGAGUGCCCAAGAAAUCCUCGAUCGGAUAAAAGGUGUUUUGUGGCUUGAUAAGCCUCAAUCUGAGUAUAUCUUCAGUGUGCAGUGCGAAGGAUUUCUCACUUCCCAGCCCCGGUCUUAUUCGCCAGAUCUUCAAACAACAGUUCAACCGAGUAGCAUCAUGACCGAGCUCCUCUGA